AUGUCCCAUGAUCAACAUCCCAGUAGAUCAUAUGGGUUUGCUCCAGGAAAUAACGGCAUUGUCCUCACAAAGCAUGGCCGAAACUUUUAUUCCCCCCAGCUAUUCCACAAAUCGCUAUACUUUGAUAAGAUCGUUCCUGUCAGAAUAAGGGAUCUCGUCAACUCUGCCGACUUGAUGAAAUUGUAUGGACCCUCUGCUCUUAGUCUCAUUAAUCAAAAGAUCAUCAUAAUAAACAACCACCCCAUAAGAUAUGUCUCGAUCACCGGAAGAAUCUUGGGCCAAUAUAAGAAAAUAUUCGAGGAGAAGUACUACGACGAUGAAGAUUCCGUCAAAGAACCACUAUACUUCUUGUACCUCUGUGAUAGUAGUGGUACAGCGAUAUCCUGUGUGAUUCCCCAAUAUAAAUUCGUUGGAGCAGGCCUCCAUACCGAUGAAAAUGCCAAUGAUGGCACAUUGAUCAAAGUUGUUGGAAUGGUCAACCAUUUCGUCAAUAUAAAUUCCCUCGGCUCGACAAGACUGAAGGAAAUCACCACCAUGGAAAUCGAAAUUUUGGCGAAAAAGGAUAGCAGAAGCAUGUUGGUGGAACUCGAGGAAUGGAAGAAAACUAUCCAGUUUAGAGACUCACACUUGAGCAAACCCUGGGAAGUUUCCAUGAAUGAUAAGCAGUCCGAUGAUGAGCAUUACAUUGAUAUCGACAGUUUGUCUAUUAAAAAUAACGUGCUAGUAUCAAAGCGUGCCAAUCCUCAGUACGCACAAGGUUUGAACAUGAAACUAUUAGACAUCAGUAGCUACAAAUACGACGACGAAAUUUUGGACAUUCCACCCGAUAGUCUAGCGCUUGACAGGGAAAUCCACAUAAAGCAUAGAAAAAUCGACUCCCAAAGUGUGGAAUUACAAGAGGUCAUUGAUAUUUUGAGUCAGGAAUAUGGAAAUGAGGUCAACGUUAUGGAAACAAAAAUAAUGGAGUCAUAUCAAGAAAAAACAACAAUUGAUGUCCCAGCCACCGCAAUUGAAGUAAUUGUAUCAAGUGGUGAGGAUAGUGAUAUUGAAGAACUUCCAGACGAUACUGAUGAGGUGAUGCAAGAUUCAAAAUCAGAAAUCAUUCUUUCAGAUUCUGAUGACCAUCUAGUGAUUGGCGAUAAUGAACUAAGGGGCAAUGUUCCCAUUGCUGAUGAAUUGAGAGAGAAUAUUCCCCAUAUCAAUACCAAGCGGAAGCAACGAGUACGAAAUUCUCACACCAUGAAGCCAUCAAUAGACACGACGACAAUUAUAAUUGCUGAUGAAGACGAAAUAACCGAAACAUUACCUAACCCUGUGAAAGUGAUACCCCAUCCUCCUCCACCGUCUCCACCACCACCAUUCAAACAUCAUUUCUCGUCAUUAUCAAUGGAAAACUUGCAAGAGAUUCUACAAUUGAACAAUAUAGCAGAGCUGCUAGCGAAUAAUAUUUUUUUUGUCCGACUGUUAAUCUUUGACCACCAAAAUAUCAUUAACAGGUUUACAUUUGCGGUGGAAUUUAUCAAGUUUUUCAUAAAUUUGAAACAAAAUGGCAAAGAAUUAUCGAAUAUGAACCAUCAACAAAUUGAUGAGACUAAGUUGGGGAACUUGGUGGGAAUGUUCUCUAUUGAUUUAAAAAUUGUUUACAAGCAUCCAAUAAUCUUCAAUUUCCUAACCCUUUUGGUAUUGAAAAUAAACUAUAUCAUCGUUUUCAAUCGGGACAACAAUGGAUCAACCGAUGUGCUCGAUAUUUUCGAAAGAAAUGAAAGCGUAAAUGACCAGCAGAAAUUCUCGGAAGUUUUAGAUUCCCUCAAAUCCAAAGAUAUUGCUAAGCUAUUAAACUCUAAGGAGUUUAAUUUGUACAAGAGUAAGAUAUUUCAUAACAUUCGGCAAGAAUUCACGGGGAAAAAAUUGGUAAGAGGUUAUAAGAUUGAAAGUGAAAUGGCCCGUUGCAGAAAACGGCGUCAAAAAGUCCAGAAUAUUUAUAUUAAUUUUGAUAAAAUUUGUACUCUACACAAAGUCAUCAUCAGAGAGUUGAAACGAUAUUUGAAAGAAUCUUACACUUUUUAUUUUGAACAAGUAUCAGAGUUGAUCAGUUUGAUCAUCAGGAGCCACGGGAAGCUGGAUGACAAUGAAAAAAUUGCCCGGAUAUUGCUCACUAAUAAAUAUUUAUCAACGAUGGAGACCUACAAAAAAAAUUUGACUUCAGAUUUCAUUCAAAAAUGCCUUGAAUCAUUAUUUCAACGGAGACUUGAGAUUCCUAUGGUUGGAAAUAUGGUGAGCCAGAAAAGUGUCAAAGAUGGAAUGAUUUACAUCCUAGAUCAGUUGAUAAGAUUUACAAUUUUUGAAACCACGAUCCUUGAGACUUUUGAGAAUGAUUUGAUUGAGAAUUUCUUGAAGAGAAGCAUGUAUUGUGGUAAAGAUCGGGAUAGGGAUUCAAAGGCAACGAUUGAAACUACUGAUGAUUUGAAAAAAGUGAUCAACUUUAAAAAGUUGAGGUGGAGCUUUGGAGAAAAUUCAGAAGGCUCGUAUUGGAUGUUGAGUUUAUGA